AUGGAAUCACAUUUAGCUUUACAUUGUAAAGGUGAAGUUUCUGACAAUAUAAAACAUUAUUAUUUAAUUGAAGUAGCAAAGCAAAAUGAUAAAAUAAAUAACAAUGAUAGUGAUAAUGAAACUUUACUUAAAGCUUUUGUUUGUGCAGGAAUCACAUUUUCUGUAAUUGACAAUCUAUUUGUUUAUGACCUUUUCAGUAUACUCGAACCAGGUUAUACUCCUCCUGGAAGAGUUACAUUAGCAGAGCGAGCAAUUUACAAUAUAGAAGCACGGACUGCAACUCUUGCUGAUUGCUUUAUUAGCUUAGUAAAGAUUGCUGUAGCCAUUAAUCGAAUUCCUUUAAAUAAUGUAUUUUGUGAAUCAGCUAUUGUUAUAUUUAAUAAACGGUAUGCUAAAUAUGAUAUUGAACCAUAUUUACUUACCUAUUUUCUUCAUCCAGAGUAUAGAGAAAGUAUGGCGAAAAUCCAUUCUUUCUAUAUUUCUAAUCUUAAAAAUAAGCUUAAAUAUUAUGAUAAAGAAUUAUCUGAAAGUGAGCUAUAUGAUAGUGCAUUGGCUCUAACUACUUAUACCGCUGUAGAAAAUAAUAAUAUAACUUUAAAACAGCAUAAAAAUACUUUGGAAUCUAUUCAGUUAAGGAAUGAAAAGCUUCAAAUUAGCUUUAUAGUUGAUUUAUCACAUAGUGAUUUUGGUGAACAGAGUAAUUUUGAAGAAAUAUCUCAUACAAUGUAUACAACACAAAGAAGUGGUAAUAUGGAUUUUGAUCCUAUAGAAAUUGUAGAAAAAACAUUUAAAGCAAAUAAGAAACGUCAGGAGAUUCAAAAAAAAAUAACUAAUACCUAUCAUCUUCUGACCUUUGCUAAUAUGACAACAGAUAUGACAAUUCUAUUGGUAUUUUUUUCUCCUAAUAUAAGAGCUCAGCCUCAACAAAGACCAAAGACUAGAGGAUUUUGGAUUGAUAUCUUUCCAAAUUUAGCUGAUAAUGAAGUUUUUAGUUGUGAAGCACCUAAUUCCAUACCUGUUUGGAAGCAAAUUGCAAUUGUAUUAUGGUGGUUUGCUAAUAGAACUGGUAUUCAAGUACUAGAACAAACCCUUGGAAUAAGUCAAGGAUCGGUAUGUCACUUUACUGAUAGGUUCUUGAAAGCAUUAUUAGAUAUAGAACAAGAAAAAAUAAUAUGGCCACAAGAAUCAAAAUUAGCAACUAUAACACAAGAGUUUGAACAUAAAAUAUCAGGUCUAGAAAAUAACUUACUGAAUGUUAUUGGAGCAAUGAAUGGAUCUCAUAUUCCAAUUCAUCCUCCUUCAAAAAAUGGUUUCCGAUUUGUAAAUCAUAAAAAUUUUUACUUCAUUAAUCUUCUUGGAGUUGUAGACUAUUUAGGAUGUUUUACCUAUGUUCAUAUUGGAGAAGCAGACAAUGAAGUUGAAGAAGAUAAUGAAGAUAAUACUGAUGAAUAUACUGAUGAAAAUGAAAAAGAUAAUAUUGCAG